AUGGACGCUUUUCAUAUCUUCACAUCUAUACGAUAUGAUCCUGCUCUCUUGAAAGUCCCAGAAUUAGGAUAUGUCAAUACAGGAUGGAAUCAGAAUUCUUCCCCCUUCUAUAUGCUUGACUUACACCGAGACCGUAUGCUAAGGGCUGCCGUCUACUGGCAAUGGUCAGCCGCAGUCGCCGUCGUUUCUGGUGAGGAGGGCUUAGGAAAUCUGCAAAGGUUCCUUCAGAGCAUUACCAACGGAUUUAGCAACGGCCCGCAUCGAAUAAUGCUUAGCCUAGCCCAGGAUGGAACUCUAGAUUAUCAAACUUCUCCUCUUCCAGAGACACAUCUAAAUAAUCUAUAUCCAGAAUAUCUACCGAGCCUAGAUCGCGAGGAUUCAACCGAAGGAGAUGGCAAGGUUCCAAUCAAGGAUCCUAUAUAUGGCAUCUUCCUUGAUGAUCAGAAGACUUCAAAAUCCGAGUUUACUCAUUACAAAACCACUUUUAGAGACAUGUACAACGAUGCAAGGAGACGGGCUCAAAUAAAUCUAGGCGAUAAAAAAGAAGUGCUCCUUGUCAACGAUGAAGGGCAUAUUAUGGAGGGUAGUAUUAGUACCCCCUAUUUCUGGAGAGAUGGAAAAUGGGUCACUCCCCCUAUUCCCAUACAAUAUCACGCUUCUGAAGGGAGCGGUGGAAAUAACGGUACAACAAGAAGAUGGGCUUUAGAGAGGAAUCUUGUUGUCGAACAAGUCGUUCCUGCAGAUUCGCUGGUCGACGGGGAAGAAUGCUGGAUAAGUAAUGGUCUUCGAGGGUUCAUUUUUGGAAUAGUGAAGCUACAAUAA